AUGGAGUUACAUGCUUACUGCGUUUACAACAAUGUCAGAAACCCUGAUGACAAGCAUAAGACGACGUAUUGGUUAAGACAGCAGCCAUACAAUGCAGGGCCCAACUACUUUUCUCGUUUUUCUCAAGGAGCUUUGGGAUCUGGAGAAAAGGCAUGCUGUCCAUACACUAACUCUGACUGUGUCAGAUCAACAAAUAAAGAUGAUGAGUUGUAUAUGGUGGCCAGACGAACCACUGGUUCUCAAGAAUAUCCUCCUGUUGUUAUAAGUCUGCCAGCUGGAGGGUGGAUCGAAUUUGGUGGAGACGCCGGCCCUGAAACACAAACACUGCAUGUCUUUAAUCCCGAUGGAUCUCCAUACGAUUACAAAUACCGUACAGAUCCUCAAGCAGGAUACACUUAG